CAGUGGUUGAAGACAUGCAGUUGAAUAGUGACAACAUUCCUUUAAAACUAACUAAAUGUAAAAAAAAAUGUUAGAUAGUUUAAUCAAUCAGAAAAAGCAAAACUCGCGUUAGCUAGCUGUCAACACAUUCGUGGCAGACUGACCAAUCACGUAGUCGAGAGAUGUGACACCAGUCGAAACAAUAAGUUGCCCGUUUUGAAUCGAAGGUCUUGUGCCAGGUAUUGAAACUAGUUUGCUUCGUGAUUUCUUCUGAAAACUGGUGGUAUUGCACGGUAAACGGUCCACGGUGGGUUUACCCACGCUCAUCUUGGGGGCCGCCAUGUUUUUUCCCCCGUGGUGACGGAUGUUUUGAAUUACAUCAACCCAAUCAGAGCUGGGAUUGCUCAGUCGCUACCAAUCACAGAAGCAGUUGUAAGGUAGCGUGUCUGUGUGAGGGCAGCUUCCGUAGCUGUCGGCGCUGGAUAGCGGUGGUGAGAUGUUCCGCAGUGCGCUGGGGAAGACCCUCGGCUUCGUGGGAUACACCAUCCAGUACGGCUGCGUCGCCCACUGUGCCUUUGAGUACAUCGGAGAGUUUGUUGCGUGCUCUGGUCCUUCUAUGGAGCCCACCAUCACAAGCCACAACGUUGUCUUCUCAGAACGGUUGAGUCGCCAUCUCUGCAGAAUCGAGAAUGGUGAUAUAGUCAUCGCUAAGAGUCCAUUUGAUCCACAUAUGAACAUCUGUAAAAGAGUCAUCGGUUUGGAGGGAGACAAAGUCUGCACCAGUGGCCCCUCGGAUGUCUUCAAGACCCACCAAUACGUUCCAAAAGGGCACGUGUGGCUGGAAGGGGAUAAUCUUAGGAAUUCCACAGACUCCAGGAGCUACGGCCCAGUUCCCUAUGCCCUGAUUCGAGGCCGUGUCUGCUUAAAGCUCUGGCCUCUACAUCAUGUUGGUGCCCUCAACCAAAGUCCCACAGGACGAGUCGUAAGAAGGAGUGACUGAGUCUACUGAUCUGUGUACAUGCAUCAUUUUGUAAUAUUUUCUAAUUAAAGGCAUAUUUAUCUUGAA